AUGCCAUAUCCUCCUUGCAAUAUUAUCAAUGUCCUUCCCCCUCAGUCUGCUGCCCAAGGGCUAGAUGUCCCGACCCCUAAACAGGCGGCUAAACCGAUGGCUAUAGGUUCAUUGGAAAUUCCUGGCCCUAGAGACGUAGCCGUAAAGGAGUACGGUAAGUGGCAGAUGUCUAAUAUCGAAAAUGACACACUCAAAUCGGCGUUUCAGCAAGUAUGUGAUAUGAUGCUCGACAACGGCCUCGACCUUGAGCAGGUCUACAAGGACCAGGACCCGAAAUUCUUCAUUGAGAAAGGGAUAAAAAUAGGCAUCGCUCGACGUUUCGUCGAGGACAUCGGAAAGUGGGCUGAGCAAGUCAAGAAGGCGAUUCCUAUAUAUGAAAUACUUUGA